UAGGAGUAGUUUUUAUUCAAAGUUAAUGGGUCGUGCACGAUGAAAUUUGUUUUAUGCGAGAUAAUUGUUGUGAAUAAUAAAAAUGUUGAUGCCCAAAGCCGACCGAGUUGCUAUUUAUGAAUAUCUCUUCAAAGAGGGUGUUAUGGUUGCCAAAAAGGACUUCCAUGCACCAAAACAUCCAGAACUAGAGACUAUUCCCAAUCUUCAUGUCAUUAAAGCUUUGCAGUCAUUGAAAUCCAGAGGAUAUGUGAAAGAACAGUUUGCUUGGCGCCAUUAUUAUUAUUACUUGACCAAUGACGGUAUUGAGUAUCUGAGAAAUUUCCUCCACUUGCCACCCGAAAUCGUACCAGCAACUCUCAAGAGAAAAGUUGCCUCAGAAAGUGCAAGACAAAAGCCCCAAAUGGGCCCAAGGAGCGAAACUUCCAGGCCGUCCGAAGAUCGCGCUGGAUAUAGACGUGGGCCUGGUGGUCCUGACAAAAAGGCUGAUGUAGGUGCUGGUACUGGCGAACUUGAAUUCCGUGGUGGAUUUGGUCGUGGUCGCGGUCCACAAUAAAAUAAUUUUUAAUAUUUA